GAUCGAGUUGGGCGCCAGAGCUCCGCGUAUUCGGGUCGCUUUAGUUGGUUGAAGAAGAAACAGAACAGGACACACUCACAGGAUUAUUAAGGACAAUGGCACUUUUCCGUUAUAGCACGAGGCGAUGCUUGGAGCUGCAGAAAUUAUCUACUGCGAUAGCUCUGCGCUCAUUAUCUGCAGAAUCUACGGAUCUGAGAAAAGUGAUGGCUGAAAAAAUUCCGGUUGAACAAGAAAGAAUUAAAUCCUUCCGGAAGCAAUUUGGUGCAACAAAAGUGGGCGAAGUUACUGUUGACAUGAUGUAUGGAGGAAUGAGGGGAAUCAAAGGUCUAGUGUGGGAGCCAUCAGUUCUGGACGCCGAUGAAGGAAUUCGAUUCCGUGGCAAAUCAAUUCCCGAAUGUCAGAAAUUAUUGCCGAAAGCUUCUGGCGGUUCGGAACCAUUGCCCGAGGGUCUUUUUUGGCUGUUAAUUACAGGCGAUAUACCAACCGAGGCGCAAGUUAAGGCCUUAUCGAAAGAAUGGGCAUCAAGAAGUGCACUGCCAAGUCACGUAACAAAAGCACUCAAUGACUUCCCAAAAUCUCUUCAUCCAAUGACACAAUUCUCAGCGGCAAUUACGCUGUUAAAUAGCGAAAGUGAAUUUGUCAAGGCCUAUACAAAUGGAGUACACAAAAGUAAAUAUUGGGAAACUGUUCUUGAAGAUUCAAUGAAUCUAAUCGCUAAAUUGCCCGUGGUUGCGGCUACAAUUUAUCGUAACAUGUACAAGGGCGGCAAGGGAAUUGGAUCCGUUGAUUCGAGUCGAGAUUGGUCCUGGAAUUUUUCGACAAUGUUGGGCUUUGACAAUCCCGAAUUCAUUGAAUUGAUGCGUCUUUAUUUGACAAUUCACUCGGAUCACGAGGGUGGCAAUGUCUCAGCUCACACUACUCAUCUUGUCGGUUCAGCUCUAUCGGAUCCUUAUCUAUCGUUUGCCGCCGGUAUGAAUGGUUUGGCUGGUCCUCUUCAUGGACUCGCCAAUCAAGAGGUACUUGUUUGGCUGCAAAAACUCCGUGGCCAAGUAGGCGAAAAUCCAAGUGACGAGAAACUCAAGGAAUUCAUUUGGAAUACACUCAAGAGUGGACAAGUGGUUCCUGGUUAUGGACACGCUGUACUUAGAAAAACCGACCCAAGGUACACCUGCCAGAGGGAGUUUGCCUUGAAACAUUUACCCAACGAUAAUUUAUUCAAGUUGGUAUCGCAGGUAUACAAGGUUGUACCUCCAAUUCUUCUGGAAACAGGAAAAGUAAAGAACCCAUGGCCAAAUGUAGACGCCCAUUCGGGAGUUCUUUUGCAAUAUUACGGAAUGAAGGAAAUGAACUAUUACACCGUCCUCUUUGGAGUGUCACGCGCUCUAGGAGUACUCGCAUCACUCGUUUGGUCUCGAGCUCUUGGUCUACCAAUCGAAAGGCCAAAAUCUCUUAGCACUGAUCUCCUCAUGAAGGCCGUUAAGGCUUAAAAUAACAAGCAAAUUAUCAUCCUCGCUCCAGAAAAAAAUAAUUUAUCUCCACUCGAAGUCAUUGUAAAUCAUCGAAGAUCACGUCAUCUCAAAUCGGAGCUAGACUAUGUAAUUAUAGAAUCAACUCCAAAAUCUCGUCCUGAGCGACUGACUUUUGUCGAAGAGUUAAAAUAGACUAAAAAAAUAUAGAGAAAUUGAAAUACCUGGCAUAGAAAACAUUAAUUGUUGUAUCACCACGUGUUCGAAAGAAAAAUAGCGAAAUUAAUAAAUCACAAAAGCAUUGCUGUUUAUUAUUGUUGAUGAAUAAAAUGGGAAUAUAAUUUCUUCAUUUCAUAAACAAUGGUAUAUAGUAGUGCUCCUAUGACGAGUAUUCAUUCGUAUAAAGAAAUAUUCUUUUCUCAUUAAUAAUGCUAAACCUUUUAGUCUCGAUGGAUAUUCUUCUUGAUUUUAUAGAAAUCAAUGUAAUGAAUUUUCCUAACUGAAUUGUAAUUAUAAAUUAUUUAAUUAUUUUAGCAUGUGAUGAAAUGAGAACACAUAGACAAUAUUGCAUAAGUAUUAGUGAGAGCAAAUCCUAACAAUUGUUGUCUAGAAUAAAUUAUAGAUUUGAAAAGAAAAAGAGAAAAAGCUCUUUGUGAAUAGUACUUGAAACUGAAAUGUAUUGUGGUGCUAGAAUUAUAUCACCUGAUUCGUUUUUAUUUUCAGGACAUAAUCAUUAAAUUGUAUUAAAACUGUUUUUUUUUUUUUUAGAAAUUUAUCCAAAUGAAGACAAAAACAUUAGAAAGUGCCUGAAGCACCAUAUAUGAUUUUUUUUAGGAAAUCCGAUAAAUAAUUAACGAAGCUAUUUCGAUGUGACAAGUCGGCUCAACACGUUUAUUAUUAAUUUGGGAGAAUGAGUCGUGGUAGAUCCACGGCUGCGAGUAUGAAUGUGUGUGUGCUGCGCUUUAUUUAUAAUGAAAAUCGAAAAUAAAUAGAAAUCAGAAUUA